AUGACAACAACUCAUACCAACACCGCCAGCGCCAGCGGUAACAACGCACGACUUAGGCUCGAUGCCUCGAUCGAAGAUGCGCUGCAGGACUACAAGAUUCAUCACUCACACCAACAACCAUCGCCAGCUCAGCAACAAGAUAGGGACCGAACCACUGUCGUUGUAGCUGGUGUUACUCGCGAGGCCCAGCCCAACGACUUCGACCCCAGUCUGGCUCCCCAUCCGACGGUUACAUAUCCCGUCUCCAACCCCAACUGGUGGACCGAUACGUUUAGGCGCGUUCCUGAUUACCGCCCCAUCAACACGAGCCUGGAUCUGAACGAACGACGACAAAUGCUCUUGUUUACAGUUGUGGGCGGUAUCAUGGUUAGAGGGUGUUGGCUUAUCUCGAUCUGGGCGCAACUUUGGAGGAACACAGCUGGAAGGUUUUCUGAUGUUGGUAAAUCCCAUGUAGGUGGUGAGUGGUGA